AUGGGAGGGUCUAAGUUGGGGGUCGAGGCCUCGCAACAUUUGACAAGGGUUUGGCGAGAAAUCGAACCUGUGCUCUGGCUUGGAGCAACUGCUGGCUUGUGUUGGGCAGCGUGGAGGUACUACCGAUACCGUGCCUGCCUAUGCAGCUUCGGCCGGAAGAUGGGGGGAUCAUCGGAGGGCGAGGGCGAUCCAGUGAUCGGGCGCGACAAGGAGAUCGACCGGGUCAUAUGCAUUCUCUGCCGCCGGAGCAAGAACUGCGCCGCGCUCGUCGGGGAGGCAGGGGUCGGCAAGACGGCCAUCAUCGAGGGCCUCACCCAGCGCAUUGCCAGUGGGAAAGUCCCUGCCAACCUUGCCGGAGCACGUGUGGUGGAGGUCGACCUCGGGGCCAUGCUGGCCGGGACAAGUCUCCGUGGCAUGUUUGAGGAGCGAAUCAAGGAUGUGAUAAAGAGUGCGGAGGCUGGGGAUGGCAAGGUGAUCCUGUUCAUCGACGAGAUGCACAUGCUUCUUGGUGCUGGUGAUGUUGUCGGUGGCACGGAUGCCGCCAACCUGCUGAAGCCGGCGCUGGCCCGUGGCCGCAUCCGCUGCGUGGGCGCCACCACUCUCAAAGAGUACCACAGGUACAUUCAGACGGAUGCCGCACUCGAGCGGCGAUUCCAAAAGGUUCAUGUUAAGGAGCCGAGCGUGCAGGCGACCGUCACCAUUCUGCAGGGGCUUAAACAGCGGUACCAAGACCACCAUGUCUUGGAAAUUCAGGAUGCUGCUCUGGUUGCUGCCGCAGAGCUUGCUGGCCGCUAUAUCACUGAUCGCCAGUUUCCUGACAAGGCAAUUGAUCUGAUCGAUGAGGCAUGCGCUACCACAAGGAUGCUGGUUGACAGCGGAAGUGAAGCAACUGGCACCAGGACGCAGAGUUACAACAAAAAAGAAGUGACUGCACAAAGUAGAUCCAUAAAAGCAGUGAAGAAAGGAAUUGUUGGUCCGGGUCAGGUCGCACAGGUUGUGAGCCUGUGGACUGGAAUUCCUGUCGCUGCUAUUGAUCAAGGGGAGAAGGAGAAACUACUACACUUAGCAGAAAAAUUGCAUGAGCGAGUUGUUGGCCAGGACGAGGCGGUCAAUUUGGUUGCACAGGCGGUCCUACGUUCCAGAGUCGGCCUUGAUCAGCCGGGCCAACCAAUAGGUUCUUUCCUCUUUUUGGGCUCGACUGGUGUUGGAAAGACAGAGCUUGCAAAAGCUCUUGCUGAGCAGCUAUUUGACAAUGAAAAUAUGUUGGUUCGCUUUGACAUGUCCGAAUACGGUACGAAGGGAUCUGUGUUGCGCCUCAUUGGAGCACCUCCAAGCUAUUUUGGUUAUGACGAUGGAGGACAACUGACUGAAAAAGUCAAGAGUCACCCGUACAGUGUCAUCCUGUUUGAUGAGGUGGAGAAGGCGCAUCGCGAGGUGUACAAUGUUUUUCUUCAACUCCUCGAUGAUGGUUUGUUGACCGAUGGCAAAGGCCGAACAGUAGAUUUCAAAAACACCAUCAUCAUUAUGACCUCAAAUCUUGGGUCAAAGCACCUUGCAGCAGGAAUGGUUGGAAAGAACACAAUGCAAGAAACACACAAGCUUGUCAUGAAAGAGGUCCGGAAACGCUUCAAGCCCGAGCUUCUCAACAGGCUGAGUGAGAUUGUGAUAUUUGAGCCGCUUUCACACGACAAACUGAAGGAGAUUGUGAAAAUCCAGAUGAAGAACGUUGUUGCCAGAGUAGCUAAGAAGGGCAUCUCUCUACACACGAGUGAUGCUGCAUUGGACGUUAUCUUGUCAGAGUCAUACGAGCCAAUGUACGGUGCAAGGCCUAUUAAAAGGUGGAUACAGAAGAAUGUGAUGAACACCAUCUGUGAGAUGCUUGUCAAAGGAGAAGUUGGCGAAGGCUCAACAAUCUCCAUUGAUGCCGCCGACCACAACAAGGGGCUCAAGUAUGAAGUGGUGAAGAAGGCGGCAGAUCCUUCCCGCAACAUCUUGGUCCCAGCACCAGAGCCUCUUGCUUGCCCCGACGAGGAAACCGAUGAUUCGGUCAUGGUCACUUCAUUAACAAAGUGUCUUGGAUAG